AAAGUCCUCUCUUGUUCAUGGGAAAACUUAUUAUUGAUAUUCGUCCCAGUUGGCUUGGCAGUCAACUACACCCAUCAAAGCCCUCUAGUGAUAUUUGCUAUCAACUUCGUCGCCAUUGUUGGGCCUUCCGCGCUUCUUGAAUUCUCCCUUCAAUCAAUACUUUCGAUAGCGGACGAAAAUGAAAGCAAUGCCCUCCAACUGAUAACAUCAAUCCUCCUCCUUAAAAACAACCAAGUCGGCAGCCUGCUGUCAAAUAUGCACCUCAUGCUCGGGCUGGGUUUUCUAGCCGGUGGACUGAGAUACUCCGAGCAGGCCUUCAACAACACAGCAACCCAGGAAAUAGGCACAUUGCUUCUCCUGGUUGUUAUGAGUAUAGUGAUUCCCACGCUAUUCCAUUCCUACUCAUUAUCAGCGAAUGCAAAACCGUGCAUCUAUCUCGACGGGCUGCUUUCGUUCUGCUUUUUUUGUAUGCGACUUUUUGUUUACUUUCAAAUCUGGUCGCAUAAGCCACAAACCGCCCUGGCUUCAAUAAAAGAACGAAGAAUCAACACUCGCGAGCUCCGACGCGCAUUAACCAUCCAAAGAAGCCCCAGCCCUCCACGCCUGCUUACAGCAAUCAUAAUUCUUUCCCUCGCCACAGCCCUCAUCGGCCUCCACUCGACCUUUGCAACCGAUGACCUACAAAACAUGAUGGAGCAGGCAAAUCUCAGCAGGACAUUCGUCGGCAUGGUCAUCCUUCCACUCCUAAGCAAUGAUCUUGGUCCCAUCAAGGCCGCCUGGGAAAACCAUAUAGAUCGAUUCAUUGCAGCGACGGUUGGGAAAUGCGUGCAGACUGCAUUGUUGGUUACCCCAUUGGUUAUCUUUAUUGCCUGGGGAAUGGGGGUGAAGGAUGUGAGUUUGUAUUUUGAUGGAUUUGAGGUUGCGACGUUGUUUGCGACAUUGUCUGUAUGUCAACUUUUUGAUUCUGAAUGGGAAGUCGAACUACUUCGAAGGGGUAGCAUUGAUUGCGCUUUUCUUAAUCAUCUCCAUCGCGGCGUACUUUUUUUGGUGAGGGCUAGACUGCCUAAACAUAUAUAGAUAGCUACAUAUAUAUCCAUAUUGAUGUUUAAUGGGUCCAUUUAUAUAUAGUAGCCGAAAGAGGAGCAUCAACCGAGACGCCCGCCAACCAGGACAACAAACAACGUUCCUGGCGAUCCUAUACUUACCGGAGAUAGCCGGCCCUAUCGAGUCUAUAUAAACACCCUUUCUAUGCUGUUCCAUUCGAUUCACUCCUGGAUGUGUCACCGGAUCGGGGCGGCGUUGAUCCGGGUGUUCGGAUACGGGCUAGAGUUCAGCCGCUGAUGUCA